AUGCUAUUCCAACAGCAGGCAUUGCUGAGACAGAAGCUCUUCGUUCUGGGCAGCCUUGCUAUCGGAAGUGUUCUUUAUCUCGUGGCCAGGGUUGGGACCUUGGAUAGGCUACAGCCCAUUUGCCCCAUUGAAAGCAGACUGACUGCCCCUGAGCCAGAGCAAAUCCCUCUCCGUACCCUGCAGUUUAAGCGAGGCCUGCUCCAUGAAUUACGUAAGGGCAAUGCCACCAAAGAGCAGAUCCGCCUUCAAAACCUGGUCCAGCAGCUGCCUCAGGCCAUCAUCAUCGGGGUGCGCAAAGGGGGCACCCGUGCCCUGCUGGAGAUGCUCAACCUGCAUCCGGCAGUGGUCAAGGCUUCACAGGAGAUCCACUUCUUUGACAAUGACCAAAACUACGCCCGGGGUAUCGACUGGUACAGAGGGAAAAUGCCCUUCUCCUUCCCUCAUCAGAUCACCAUUGAGAAGAGCCCUGCCUACUUCAUCACAGAGGAGGUCCCUGAACGCAUCUUCAAGAUGAACUCCUCCAUCAAGCUUCUGAUCAUCGUCCGCGAGCCCACCACCAGAGCUGUAUCUGACUACACGCAAGUUCUGGAGGGCAAGGAGCGCAAAAACAAGACCUACCACAAGUUUGAGAAGCUUGCUAUCGACGCUAACACCUGCGAGGUUAACACAAAGUACAAAGCUGUCCGGACCAGCAUCUACACCAAACAUUUGGAGCGCUGGCUGAAGUACUUUCCUGUGGAGCAGUUCCACAUCGUGGAUGGGGACCGCCUUAUCACGGACCCGCUGCCGGAGCUGCAGCUCGUCGAGCGCUUCCUCAACUUACCCUCAAGGAUCAGCCAAUAUAACCUGUACUUCAAUGCCACCAGGGGAUUUUACUGUCUGCGAUUUAACAUUGUCUUCAACAAGUGCCUGGCAGGCAGCAAGGGCCGCAUCCAUCCAGAGGUGGACCCCUCAGUGGUGACUAAAUUGCAGAAGUUCUUUCACCCCUUCAAUCAGAAGUUUUACCAGAUCACUGGUAGAACAUUCAACUGGCCAUGAAGAGCUUUGAACUUCACUGAGAUUCAUUGGAUUGGUGUUUUUUUUUAAAUCCCACGCUACAAAAUCUCAAAAGAUAUUAAUAGCACUUUGACUGAAUUUAAUACAACGACUGUGUGACCAAAUAUAAAAGGAACUUGAUGUAAGCUUGUUUUUAUGUGUGUGAAAAUAAAACAAAAUGGUUUGAGUGGUUUGACUAAAAGAUUCAGUUCAAAGCACUUGAUCUUGCAAAUUAAUUCACCUGUCUUUCAAUGUUUCCCGUCAAGAAAAAAAAACCCAGUACUGAACUGUGAUUAACUAAAGAGAUUAUUUUUGUUGCUUUUUAAAAGACUAUCAAAUACUGACAUUCAAGCUGUUAAGAUAGGCUUUAAGUGUGAUGCUUUUUCAUGAUAAAACCUCUUAAAAGAUGGAAAAAUGACAUCUUACGAACAAAGAAAUUGCUGAUUUGUUCCCCAUCAUGUUGUUUAUUUGACCAAAACUGCAUGUGCAAUCAAGAUGCCAAUACAUCAUUAUAGGAUCCCGUAUUAGUUAGUUGUCUUCUGUUGUCGUUUCAUAAUGUUUUUCACUACAUUUUAUCUUUAAUUCAUGGUGUGAUCAAUCCAUUAGAAGGUGACCUCUAAUCCUCAACCCAGCAUUAUCCAGAAAAGGAUCAUCAGAAUAGAAUUAAGGUUUCAAGUUUGACUCAAAACCUUCAAAGCAUUUGAGACUUGAGCUUGUGUUUUAUUGUAAGUAUGCUGUUUCUUCCCCUACAGCUUUUUCAUUGGUUUGCAAAAUACCCGGCAAAAAGCCAUAGUGAAAAAAAAAAGUUGUCCUUUGAUGAUUCUUGUCAGACCAACUGCUUAUUCUAAGAUGAUUAACAAUAUCUAUCUGCUUCUGUGCAAAUAUUCA